CCUGUGCUCCCAGGGCUGACUGGGUCUUUCCUCCAGGUGCUCAAUCAGUGCUUCAGGCUGUGACUCAGCAGUUCCCAUACACAAAGCAAAUAAAUUCCACUGUCUGAACCAAGACAAAAAGUCAUCAUGGUUAUGCCUAGUUAGAGCAGUCUUGUUUCUUUGCUACAAAAAGUAGUUGUGAAGUAUUGCAAGUAUUUUCCUACAUCAGGCUAUGUAUUUCUCCAUGAGCAGGAUACUCUAUGAAGUUUAUUUUCAUCGUUUCAGAGGCUAUAGCAUAAACAUGAUAGCCCCCUUUAAAUGUUCCUGUUUUAUCUGGUUGCUUGGGACAACCCCUGUCAACAUCAGAACAACAACAUGUGGUCUUCAAAAAGCUGCAUACCUUGAGGGAAAAACUCGGUCAUGAUGGAACAGUCAGAUUCUGUGCAUCUCUACCCACCUGUAAGGAGGGGGACAUGUUUCUGCAUGUUUUCUUGGAAUGCUUUAUGCUUUUAUGGUCUGUACUUGUUUAUUUUUGGCCAUAUAUUACAAAUUAAAACAUAUUCUCUGAUAAUAGCUUUUCCUUCUGUUUUCUAUAUUGUUUUUCUAUUGUGAAAAAUGUUUACUGAUUUAAUAUUUAUAGAAAAUGGGAUAAGAAAGCUGACUAUAUAGAUGCGACAACCAUACUUAUCAUUUUAAUUUGACAUUGUGUUUUUAUUGUACCUUUGAAGCAAUGGCUUUAGAAAGGUGAAGAGCCUAUCGAAAAGGUAAUUAAAAUGAUUCUGAUGGGAGUUAAAAUGAAAGGGUUUCUCUUCACAAUACUAUGUUGCCAAUUAGACAAUUGAGCAAGUUAAGUGUUAGCUAGUUGAUAGAUAUUUCCAAGAUUAUUCUUACUGAUAUAGAACAGCACACAGUUCUGCAGAGCUGAAAAAGAGCUCGCAUCCCUAGUAUUUUAGAACUCAAGGUGUUUGUUGGUGUUUCCACGCCCCUUCCUCCACAUAACAUUUUAGAACUGAGAUUAAAGGUUUACCUAAAAUCUGUCCUCUCCUGGAGAUAUUUCAUUAUGAAGAGUUACCUCAGCAAAGUAUUAGUAUUGCUGCUAUACACAGUUGCACUACUAUUCUGGUUCUCAAGUGCAGUAUUCUUUCAUACACUCCCCUCAUAUAUAUAUAUAUAUUUCUCCACACCCCCUUUAUUGCUGUCAGUAAAGGGAUCUCUGUCUGUGGGAACUAGAUAUAGACAAGUAAACAUGGUCAUAUGUGAAUAACACAUUAACUCUGAAGUCCACCAUAUGCCUGUAGUACUUAAUAAUUCUCUGUUCACUUUUUGUUAAUACUGUAGCUUGUACUCAAUAUUAAAAUACACCUCAAAAACAUAGCAUAAUGUCAUUCCUCACAUAUAAAGCCUGCAGUUUUGUAAUUAAACAAGGAAAAAAUCUGAAGGAAUAAUGUUAUUAAAGCAACUGAAUCUCAAAAGUGAAAUAUUAGAUUAAUCAGAACUUUUGGUUGAAUCUUGUGAAUAUCACUCUCCCUUCCCUUUUUCCAAGAGGGAAGAAGGAAUUUAAAAUAGUCUUGUUUAUGUCAUCCAAUUUCAUAUUAAGUUUCAUGCAGUCUUUUAAAUGAGAAUAAAGUAAGCAGAAAAUAAGUAAGUCAAAACAAUGCAGAAAAGGUUAAGUCUAAUAACUUUUAGAGCUCUGAAUAGUAAAAAUCUUGUGAAGUCUUCAUGACUCUAUUAAGCCUGGUAUGCUUUUUAGAAAACAAAGUUGUACUGAGGCAACAUUUCUCCUACCUCUUACAUACAUGUCCACACAAGUAUUGAUUAAACCCAUACAAUGUGUACAAUACAAUAAUUCCUUACAAGAAAUAGUAUAGAAAGAAAUAUUUCACACCCAACUGUAGAACAUCAAAGGCAAGGUAUUCAAACUGCAAGCCCCUCUAAGGCCACUGAGGGCUCUAAUAAGCCUUAGUGACUCUGACCAGCCUCACCUGGAGCCUCCCCCACACCCUCAGGAGCUCUGUUUAAAUUCAGCCCUGAGCAAUCAGUUCCUGCUUAGGCUCUACUAGUGAAAUACUUCUUUCUUGUUUGCUUCUAGCCUGGUUAUCAUGUUACUGAUGCUGACCCCUAACUAAUGGGUGUAGUUUCCCAGCAUGAUGUUAGCUAGGUAGCUUCUCAUUGUUACAGGUCUGCCUAGAAACUAUCAGACCUGAUCUUCACCUACAGAGUGCUUUCCUGGUUUGACUUGGUGUCAGUCUCUUUGCCAUGGUACUGCCUUAUGAUAAGGGGUCUUGAUGGGGUCUGGCUAUCACUUCCUGGUCUGUUCUGUUUCGUUUGCUUUGGGUAUGGUGAGACUGGCUUCUCAGAGCUCUGUCCUGUGGUCUCUCUCUUCACUUGCGUUCUGUCAGUCAGCAGCCAGUAAGAAUUUAGCGAAUCAGUGUUCUAAUAUAUUGCAUAUUAACAGCGCUAAGUAAUGAAAUCCAACUUUCAGAUUAAUAUUGUCUAUAGUUUUACUAUAGUUUUACAAUAUUUACAUUUAAGUAAAUAUUACCUCUUUCAUAAUCUUUUUUUUUUUUUUUGUAAGACAAUAAUGUAUUUCUAUUGCAUGGGAUUCCUUGUAGUUUUGUUUAUGUGAAAACUUGCUUCUGGACCUAAGAAUUCGGAAACAAAUGUGCUAGUGAGCUACUGGAGCAAUGCUCUGCAGAAUACAAACUCUGGAGAUUAUUUCUAUAAAGUAAAAUGCUUUGUAUUUAUUAGUAGUUGAAAAUCAACAAAGUUAUAAAUUUCUACUCUAAGUGUAUGUUACAUUUUGUAAGACAUUCUGUGACAACUGAUCUAUGGAGCACGCCCAUUUUUCUUCCCAGAAAUUCCUGACAAUACUGCUUAAGUAAUUAUUUCCCAUGUCCAGCUAUGAAGGACAAGGUGCUCACACACCCACUUUGGCCUGUAGGCCAGCAAUAGCAUAGGCAGCCUUUGGUAAAAACUAUUAGUGGAUUUUAUGAAAGCUUUAUAUCCUGGAUGACCACAUUAACUUAGUUGACUAGCAGAUAGAAAUUUCCAUUUUCCUUCAGUAUGCCUCAUUUGGUUUUAUAGCAUCCAUGCAGUAGAGAUUUUUUUUACUCGUUUGAUGGCUGCUCGGCAUAAAAAAAAAAGUCAUUCAAAACUGUGGAUGUUCUCGGACUCCCUUUCUCUUAAACAGCACAGGCAACAGAUGGGAACUUGACAGGAUUGCUUGAAAAAGUACCUCCAUGCUUUGAUUACUAAUUAGAUAAAGGUAUCCUGAAAUUAUAUUUUGUGCGGUUAAAAAUAGAUGUGCUCUUGUCUUAAAGCCAUUCCAAAACACACCUGAACUGACAGGGUCCCAUUAAGUUCUGGUGUAGCUGACUGCAGUCUAUGGACACCUGUGGUACUAUGGUAUCUGCUUACAUCAGUUCUGCAUUUCACCACCAUGUGUUUGGAAUGGUGAGGACUGUAAAAAGUUAUUGUAUGAAAUACUGUGUCAAUAUUGUAUUGCUGCAGCUUGUACAUUCACAUUGAUUUGUCUUAUAAAAGAUGUUUAUAGCAGUAAUUAACACAAUCAGGUACAUGGCAUGUGUUUGAUCAUGCAUAGUUUAAAAAAAAAAAAAAGCCAUCUUGCUAAGAAUUGAUUUCUAGGAGAUAAUCCCAGACAGUGCUCUGAAAAUUAGAGUCAUAGGGAACAAGAAGCUGUGACAGUCUGACAGCGUCUGCCUGGAACACCAUACCUUGUUAGCAGGUGUUGGUACUGCUAGGAGAUUGUUGGAUGCAUUUUGCUAACACACUGAGCAGGUGGUUUAUCAUAAAAGAAAUGGGAGGUGUUCUUCCAAGCAAACAAUAUUUGUUGAGAAGUCCUGUAGUGAGAGUCCUGAGGGAGUAAUAAUGUGUAGAAUGAGGACUUGAGCUGAACCUUGUUUCUUGAUUGGCAAUGCUUUUUGGAGUCAGACUCAAGGAAACAGGUAAUUUUUGACAGUGCGGAUUGUUUAGACACAGUUUUAUAGCAAGGUGGAAAUGCACCUGUUCAGAAAAGCAAAAUUAAGUAAAUAUAUUCAAACAUGAACGUUGUGCAAACAGAAGAAAGCACUUGGAAUUGCUAAACUUCUUAUAUCUACAUGCUGGAUCUGUUUCAAAGCUUUUGAACUUCAUGAUUGUUAUCUCAAAUUGUUUGAAACUCUGGCUUUCUGGCACUCCCCAGCACUAACUGCAUGAAGCUACAACCUGUUUGACCUGCAGAGACAAAAUGCAACUCCAGGAUUUCUAGACCAUAGUAGACUGCAUCCUGUUGCAUCCUACUGCACCUCUGUAAGCUGAUGGUUGAGUGGACAGGAGAAAUGUUGUCAUUUCAAAGUGUAUUUUGGAACUGUACAAAUACUGGUGGUUUUUGAAGUACUUAAUUAUCCCCUUUCUAAUAUGAAGAAAUUACAUUUUCCAGCUUUGACAUGGAUUACAUAUAUUAAGCAUUAAGUGCCCAUGAUUAUCCAGGGAGUACAUUACUAGUAACCAGAAAGAUGAAAUGGGAGUUGUGCUCAAUAGUCUUUCUGUAAAAGAUAGGAUUGAUCUGAUUGCCUCUGUCAUUCUUCUGCUAUAAUACUGAGGUCAUAAAAGUGUGUAGCAUCCCUGCGUGGAAUGACUGUAGGAAAAAUAAAUAUUCAUAGAAAUUUGUAGAUUUCUGAGACAGCACAUUCAUUCCUAUCUCUAGUUGUUUCAUUUGUUUGUUUUGCCUAUUUCUUCAUUUUUGAAAUUCAUAAGAUGUUCUCCAUGCCCUAAAAGGUAUUUCUUACUGCUAGUUCUAUUUACAAUAAUUAUCCAGGCACGUGUUAUCUAAAGGGCAUCAAUGUUCAAUAUUUGAACUAGCUCAAUAUUUAAGCUGCAACUCUAUUUAAUGUUCUUAAUCAGGCAUAUGGGUAUUUCACACCCCAUUGGAACUGCCUACUAAAUUCUGUUAGCUCUAACAUUUCAGCUUGGAGGUGGGGAGUAGUGCCUAUUCUGAGUGAUUCAGAAUGUAGUUCACAUUUCAAAAAGUGAAUGUGAUCUGCUUCUGGGAAACAAUUUAAAGCCCAUUCUGGAGAUGAGAAAAAACAUUUGUGUGGUCAUAUUCUGGUAUUUGCUGGGAGGCUGUGCCAUAGGUGGCAAUUUCUCAGCUGAGAGCAGCACCUGUCUGCACCAGCCCUCCCAGAAAUCAGAAGGAUGAGCUGAAGUGAGGUGGCUGGAGCUGCCUCCUGGGGGCAUGGUUAUACUGAAAGGCUCCAGGUUUGCACAGAAGGUAUGACCAACAGCUGGGUAUAGCUUCCUGUCGCGCACUCUACCUGCUUAUAUAACUUAGCACAGGGGUAUGCCUUGACUUUGGGGCAGAGAGACCUGGUUUAGGGUACAGAAUGGGAACAUACAGCUGAAACAAAGGACCUGAUGAAGGCCCAAAGCAAGCUCUGACCUGGAGAUUAAGUGCAGUGCAAGCCUUUUGAAUUGCUUCAUCUGCAGCCCAUGGCAACAUCCCAAACAGCUCGAAUGGAAAGAGAACCAAACCUUUCCUACAAGCGUCCUGUAAUGGCUGUGAGAGAAACUAAGAAUGCUUAUGUGGAGACAGACUGGGGCUGCGUUGCCUCUGCUUCUGCAUGAAAUUUCUUUAAGUAAAAUGUAAGCCCACUCCUACAAACAGUGUCCAGCACAAGGAAUUAUGUGGAUUUCAAUGGGAUUAUGCAUUUGUGGACAGAAAUGGUACCCGUUUGUUUUUUGAUAAGCCUAACAAUGGUUUGAGCAGCAGAUAAGUGAUAUUUUCUGCAUAUUAUUAAAGCCACAAUAUAAAUUAUAAUUAAACCCAAUUUAAAAGACCAUAUCUGCGAUGAGUGUUGCUGUAGCUGUACAGUCUGCACAUCCACACUACGCAGGAGAGGUGUGACAUCUCCCCAGUGUUCCCUGAAGGGUUUGUUCUGGGGUCUUCUGUCCAUACAGCCCGGAGUCUACAAGAAGCCCACAGUCUGUUCCUAUUCACCCAUCAGCUUACUUUGCAGGAUGCUGAAGUAGGAGGGAAAAUAUAAAGCUGAUAACUCACAAUUACAUUUUCAACCAACGUGACACUCUUUGCAUCAUUUUAGCAAAUUUCUAUUUAUUGUCAGCUUUCUUUGUUGCUGGAUAUUAAAGACAAUAUUCUUCAAAAUCCUUGUGUGAUGAAUGCCCCUCCAUUUUGUUUAUUAUUAAUGAAGCAUUUAUCUCCCUAGGUCAUGUGCCUUAUGCUAGGCUCCACAACGUUUUAGAAAAUGACUGACUCUUUCUGAGCGGCCUACCGCCGUUCAGCACACGUGGGUUAUCGGGCCAAGUGGGAAGGAAAAAAAAUAAAUGUCUGACAACUGGUGGAAAUCAGCGCAGCUGCCUGGGUUGCAGCGGUGCAGAGACCCGAGCGUUCCGCCUUCUGGAACGCCGCUGCCGUUGCCCCGUCCUGCUCCCGUCCUCGAGCAGAGCGCGGGCCGCUCCCACUGCGAUCCGCGGGGGGGGUGGGGCCGUGCGCUGCGGGCUCUGACCCGGCCCCACGCCGCCCGCCCCGCUGCGGGCACCUCGCCGCGCCUCAGCCUCCGCCCCGCACGUACCUGCGUGUGGAGGGCCGCUUCUCCUCGCCCCGCCCGACCUCUCCAGGCGCUGCCCCCUCGCGGGGAAUGGUUUCUCCCGGCCUCCCAGCCGUACCCUCCCACUCCUCCUCCUGCUAGUGCCCAGCUCGGCGGGUGUCGGGGCGGAUGCUGCAUCCCGGGAGGGUUCCGCUGCACCGCUCGUGAGGCGCCGCCCGCCCCGCACCGCCUGCGGCGUCCCCUGGGAGGACCGCCGAGCGCCGUGCCCCCGCCCGACAGGCCUGACUCUACCAACAGCCUCAGUAAUGAAACAGUAACAGAUAACCAUGGAACUGCUCCUGUGACUUUGCAAUCGGAACUACCCUAUCAAAGCACAAUUAAAAGAAAAGUCAGAAAGAAGAAGAAUGGAGUCAUCACUGCAAAUGUUGCUGGCACAAAAUAUGAAAUUGUACGCAUUGUAAUACAAGAAAUGGGAUUCGUGAAAACUCGUGAUGAAGAUGAAACAGCUAAUCUUAUUUGGAGUGAUUCUGCUGUGCAACAGGAAAAGAUUGCUGAACUUCGGAACUAUCAGAGAAUCAACCAUUUUCCAGGAAUGGGAGAGAUCUGCAGAAAGGAUUUUCUGGCAAGAAACAUGACUAAAAUGAUCAAGUGCCAGCCUCAGGAGUAUACUUUUAUUCCUCGAACAUGGAUUUUCCCUGCAGAAUACACACAGUUUCAGAACUAUGUAAAAGAACUGAAGAAGAAACGUAGACAGAAAACUUUUAUAGUCAAACCAGCUAAUGGUGCAAUGGGGCAUGGGAUCUCUUUAAUAAGAAAUGGAGAAAAGUUACAAGCUCAGGAUCACUUGAUUGUUCAGGAAUAUCUUGACAAGCCAUUUCUUAUGGAAGGCUACAAGUUUGAUUUACGUGUAUAUAUUCUUGUAACUUCCUGCGAUCCAUUAAAAGUAUUUUUGUAUCAUGAUGGACUGGUGAGAAUGGGCACAGAAAAGUAUCAUCCUCCCAGUGACUCAAAUUUGAGCCAACUGUAUAUGCAUCUGACCAACUACUCUGUGAAUAAACAUAAUGAACACUUUGAACGGGAUGAAACAGAAGACAAAGGAAGCAAACGCUCCAUAAAAUGGUUUACUGAGUUUCUAGAAACAAAUAAUCUUGAUGUCUCCAAAUUCUGGAAUGAUAUUUCAGAGUUAGUAGUGAAGACUCUCAUAGUUGCAGAGCCACAUGUUCUUCAUGCUUAUCGCAUGUGCAGGCCAGGGCAAGCACCAGGAAGUGACAGUGUCUGCUUUGAAGUCCUGGGAUUUGAUAUUCUGCUGGACAGAAAACUAAAACCAUGGCUUCUAGAGAUUAAUCGUGCCCCAAGCUUUGGAACUGACCAGAAAAUAGACCAUGAUGUAAAAAAGGGUGUUCUGUUAAAUGCGUUAAAGCUUCUCAACAUAAGGACAAGUGAUAAAAGGAGAAAUUUAGCCCAGCAGAAAGCUGAAGCUCAAAAAAGACUGUACGGUCAAGGCUCUAUGAAAAGGCUGUUGCCAGGUUCUUCAGAUUGGGAAAAGCAACGUCACUCACUGGAAAGGAGAAAAGAAGAACUGAAGGAAAGACUUGCACAAGUACGCAAACAGAUUUCCAAAGAAGAGCAUGAAAAUAGGCACAUGGGGAACUACAGGCGAAUUUACCCUCCUGAUGAUAAAUCAUUACUUGAAAAGUAUGAGAGUUUGUUAGCCACUGCUUUCCAGACAUUUCUUGCUGGGAGAGCUGCUUCACUUCAGCGGGAAAUGAAUAACCCUUUAAAAAGAAUGAAGGAGGAGGACAUUUUGGAUCUUCUGGAGCAGUGUGAAAUAGAUGAUGAAAAACUAAUGGGAAAAUGCACCAGACAGCGAGGACCUAAGCCCUUGUGUUCUAUGCCAGAAAUUGCACAGCCUUUAAGAAAAUUUAAGAACUACACUAGUGAUAGCAGCUGUGAUAGUGGUAGCAGUAUGUCAGAGUCAGGAGACGAAACUGAAAAGGAAGAUCACAAUGAGAAAAAAGAGAAAAAAGUAUCAUAUGAUUUUGAAGAAAAUAAAUAUAAACCUUUGGAAAGAUCAGGUAGAAUGAACCUGAAACCUUUGAUUAAAAAUACAAAAUCUCCAUCGUAUUCAUCCUCCUCAUCAUCUGCAGGACCAAUAAGACGUUCAGUAAGCUGCCCUCGUUCGAUAUCAAUAUUGUCUAUGCAGUCACAUGCAGCUGAGCAACGUCCCUUCUCUGCCAAAGCAUCUCUGCAAAUCCAGCGUGCAUCCUCAGUGAAUAGGUCUCGUUCUUUAAAUUGCAGCCCGUCUUCAUCCAGAGUCUGUCAGACAUCCAGCUUGGGAACUAUGAACAGUUCAGGGAGUGAGUCCUUACGGCAGCAGAAACCUAAAGAGCAAGAAGUUGCUUUGACAAAAGAGACUCUACUCAUUUUCAAUGACCUGAGAAUGAAGUUUCCAGGAAAAACAGACGAAGAAUCAGAAUUAAUUAUAGAAGAAAUAAUGGAUAAUUGGAAGUACCAUAAAACAAAAGUGGCAUCAUAUUGGUUAGUAAAACUGGAUUCUGUAAAGCAACGAAAAGUUUUGGAUAUAGUUAAGACAACUGUUCGUGCGGUCCUCCAGCACGUCUGGAAGGCUCCAGACAUUGAAAAUCUACAUCUGUACUGUCUCUUUAACCGUGUAUUUAAUCGUUUACUUUGGAGCCAUGGUCAAGGUCUGUGGAACUGUUUCUGUAAUUCAGGCAGGAACUCCUGGGAAACCAUAUUCAGUAAAAGCACAGAGGUGGUGACUCCUGAGCAACUCCAGUGUUGCCAACGAAUAGUGCAGCUUUGUAAGCACUGCCUGCUAGUGGUGUACAAAUAUUCAUCAGACUCAAGAGGAUCCCUGACUGGAAUUAGUCCUAGCUGGGAUGAUACAAGGUGUUUAUUGCCAGGACCAUCACAGUUCAUCAUGAAAUCAUCCUCGUCCAACCUCAGCUGCAGCUCAUCUGGAAUGCCUCGCCCUAACAUUUUGUUCACUCGCAGAUACAGUCACUUGUGAAGGAAAAGAAAAAUUACUUUUCGUUGUAAAUAAUGGCACUCCAUUUUUAUUUUCAAAUUAAAUUUGUGAUGGAGAUAAAUACAAGCACUACUAUAUAUUUACUACCAUAUUAUGAUAACAUUUAGCUUAAAACUUACUGUAAAAGCAAAGCUUUUCUGGAAGCAUAAUAAACCUUGUUAAGUUGUUUACACACGUGUAUGUGUAGAUCUUGCUAGGUUUAAGUAAUUCCUUCCUACUAGAAAUGUUAUUUUUGCUGCAGAAUAUAUGACGGAGUUGAUCUUGAAGAUCCUAUUACAGUGCUACAUUAUUUUCUACAUAUGAUACUUUUGAGUUGAAUAUUAUUUAUUGUAAAGUAUGCUAUUUAUUGUCUCAAAUGUAAGACGAGAUCCUUUAAAAAGACAGAUGAAUAAAAAAACUGUAUUAGAACAAUAAAACUGUAAUUAUUAUUAAAAAUAACCUUACUAUUUCUUGGACAUGUUUAAGAUAAUACCCAAAACUCUGUAAGCCAAACAUUUAUCCUCUGAAAUUACAGGCUCUGCUUAAAGCUGUUACUUUUCUUAAAGGAUGUGGCAUAGUAUGUUUUAGAAAAAGUUAAGAUAUUCUGCAUGCAAACAGUAAAAAUACCAGUUCAGGCAUUCAGUUUCUAAUUGGAUUUUUGUAGUACUAAAGAAGCCAAUAUUUGUUAUCAGGCUUUCAUUCACAAUAACUGUGGCCUGUGCCCUUGGGAGCAAGCAUUCACCUACAGCUUGUACAAGCAUGCAUAGUGUGUAUUUUUUCUGUUUUACUGCACAAGUGGUAAAGCAUACAUUUUUAGGAAAUACUGCAGCUAUAAUAUAUUAUUUCAAUCUUAUACUAAUUGGUUUGCUGUAGUUUUUAGCAUACAAUUCAAUACAUACCGCAGAAUGUAUAUGCUUAACUAGACAGUAUCUUCUAGACUUGUGGCACCUUCAAAUUUUGGAAAUAUAAUUCAUCAGAAAGCUCUCAUUCAGAUUCAGCUUCCUGGGCCUGGCUGAAGGGCACUAAAAGAAACUGAGUCAGAGCAUGGACAUAGAAUUAACAGGACAUGCAACCAGAAAACAUCAUUCAGGUUUUCUACAUAGACCCAUUCGUCUUAUUCAGCAUUCUGCCAUAUAAGCCUUAUUCAUUUAUGUAAGUAAUUAUUUAAAAUGAGUUAAUCUAGAUUUAAAAAUGAAUUAAAAUUUUUAACUAAUUAAAGAACAAAGUAAGAGGUACUUACCAAAGAUGUGUUUACUUUCCAAUAAUGUAAACUGCAAAUGUGUUUGUAAAUUACCAAUGAAGUUUAUGUAGGUUGCUCUGAAAGUAAUGCCUCCUAUUUAUUUCCAUGGAAACUGCAACAGAUGCAAAAAGCACAAUAAUGCUAUUGAUAGAGAAAAUUUUUCAGCUACAAAACAUCGUUUUUUAAUGUAGUCACCACCAUUAGUUAUUCAUUUUCACCGGUGAUAAAAACGAAUGUCACACUCAUAGAAGUCUGCAUGGCUGUCCAGAACAUGGCUUGUCUUUCAUGUUGCUGCCACCACUGCUGAAAUGCACCACUCAUUGCCUCGCUGUUCGCACAUCUGCUGUUCAGUGUCCAUAAAUGUAAGGGCUGAUGAAUGUCAGCGGGAGCCAAUUCAAUGACACACCUUUGCUUCAUCUGCACUUUCAUGUCAGACACCAUUCUGUCAGAGAGCAACAAAAUGUAACAGAAUACUAGUGGGAAGGUUCAACCUCUACUGCCAUCCCACUACCACCCAACUCUGAUAUCACGGCCAACAUCAUAAAAUAGGAGGCAUUACAUUUGGAGCAGCCCUCGUAAGUAUACACUAAAAAAUAAUUGGGGGGGGGGGAGAGGGAAGGAAGUAGUCAUCAGGAGCAAGUAUCAUAGAGCUUUUUGAAUAUCCAGAGAUUUAAGAGCUAUUUAAGAGACUUAAGAGUUGUCUGGAAUUUAAUGUUUUAAACCUUAGUCAUAGCAUGUAUAUCAAGUUGGGAAUUUUGGUAGGAUUUUUGGUGCCUGUGCUGUUGUCCAUCAGUUCUAGAACUGCAGGAUACAACAUAGCAAAAAUAUUUGUAAACAAUUAACAAACCUCUGAGAUAAGCCAGAUACAGUCUUCUCGUCUGGUAAAAAAUCUUUCAUCUUCAUGGUAAUACUAGUUUAGUAAUAUAGCAUAUUCACAAUAAUUGUAUAUCUCUUUAGAUCCAUACAGUGACUACUGAUAAAGCAUACUGUGGUUAUCUGUAACACACAAUAAAAGGUGUGCAUUCUCUCUUCCUGAA